GUGCGGAAACCAUUGACCUUUUUGAGCUGGUGGACUCUCUCAAGCGCAGAAACGUCCAGCUACCAAUGGUUAUUCGGUUUCCUGAUAUUAUCCAAAAUCGUAUGCAAGAGCUUCAAAACUGUUUCGAUGCGGCCAUCGCGCGGUUCGGCUGUGAGGGAGCAUUUCAAGGCGUUUUUCCAGUAAAGUGCAAUCAGGAUCGCCGCCUGCUAGAGGAUAUCGUGGAAUAUGGCCGACCAAUCAAGUUUGGCUUGGAGGCUGGUUCAAAGCCAGAGCUAUUGAUCGCGAUGUCACAGCUCAAGGACAACGAUGGUUCAAUCUUAGUCUGCAAUGGUUACAAGGAUCAAGAAUACAUCGAGAAUGCUCUUGUUGCAAGGAAGCUUGGACUCAAUUCUGUUAUUGUCCUUGAACAGAUGCAAGAACUUCCUCUGGUCCUGGAAGCAAGUAAGCGGCUGUAUGCACGGCCUCUUAUUGGAGUCAGGGCCAAGCUAAGUACACGGCAUGAUGGCCACUGGGGUGAAACUUCCGGCGACCGUGCGAAGUUUGGACUGAGCGUCAACGAGAUUGUGAGGGUUGUUAAAAUUCUCAGAGAGCAUGAAAUGCUGGACUGCCUACAACUUCUUCACUUUCACAUUGGUUCACAAAUACCAUCAAUUUCGCUGAUCAAGGAAGCCAUGCGGGAAGGCAGUCAUCUUUACUGUGAACUUGCUCUGAUGGGUGCAAAAAUGGGAUAUAUUGAUGUUGGCGGUGGUCUAGGUAUUGAUUAUGACGGUUCAAGAAGCUCGUCUGUUGCCUCAACGAAUUACACUAUGCAGAACUAUGCCAACGAUGUGGUGGCUGCAGUUGUUGAUGCUUGCUUGCUGAAAGGAGUCAAACAACCAAUAAUCUUGACUGAGAGUGGCAGGGCUUUGGCCUCUCACCAGUCAGUCCUUGUGUUUGAUGUCCUCAGCGCAAACAUCUUCAACGAGUCCCACGCCCUUCAGAACUUUCAGAUGCUUGGUCCAGAUUCAGCAGACCAAGUCGUGCCUCCCGAGCAAUUCACAGGGGGGGACAAGCCGAAGCCCAGGAAGGCCAGGCAUGGAAGGCUGGAGAAUGGAGCAGGGACUUAUCUUCUACGCACAUUCCACGAGGUUCUCGAGACAAUGGAUGAGACCAAUUUCCAGGAGGCCUAUCAUGACGCCAAGCAGUUCAAGGCGGAGGCAACUGCUUUGUUUAAGCUGGGAUGUUUAAAUCUUGAGCAGAGGGCACAGGCAGACUCUCUAUACCAGGUCAUCUGUCAUGAGGUUCUUCGUUUUGCUCGAGAAACUGGUGAGAUGGCAGAUGAUGCGGAGACUCUUCGACGAUCAUUUGCAGCAAUUUACCAUGUGAACCUCUCAGUCUUCCGCUCUGUCCCUGACUCGUGGGCUAUCAGCCAGGUCUUCCCCACCAUGCCCAUCCACCGACUGGAUGAAGAACCUGCAGUUCAGGCCACACUUGCUGACCUGACAUGUGACAGUGAUGGCAAGAUUGACCACUUUCCUGGUUACCCCAAUGCAACUGGGAGAGUUAUUGCGGUGCAUGAGCUGGAGGAAAACCGACCGUAUUAUCUUGGGCUAUUCCUUGCAGGAACUUAUCAGGAGGUGAUGGGAAGCUCCCACAACCUAUUUGGGACCACCAAUGUGGUUUAUGUCCGUGCAAGGCCAAAAUCCUCCAAUAAGGCUUGCAAUGGCAUGCAGUCCAAGCCAAAUGGGAAGUUAAUUUUCCACAGAGGCGGCUACAGCAUAGAACAUGUGGUCCCGGGCCAGACCACCGACCAAGUGCUUCGUACAGUUCAGCAUGACGCCGGUGACAUGAUGGAGGAUCUUCGCAACAAAGCUGAGGAAGCUGUAGCAGAAGGAAAGCUAUCUCUUGAAGAGGCGCAAACACUCCUGCACAACUUGAAGAAGACAAUGCACUCAUACACCUACCUGUCAAGCUAG